UUGGUGUCUCUCACGGUAAUCUCAUCGCUAGGGGGGCUUUCGAAGCCGCUCCAUCUCUUCAUUUCUUGUGAGUCUAUCACCCAUUGUUUCCCCAGCCUUCCUGAAGGCGGAGCAGAGAAGUUUAUCCCCAAUAUAAUAAAAUAUACCUGGUGCCCAGACACCCACUAGCUUCUCGGAAAGGUCAGUGGGAUGUGGAAAGGAUUCUGGUUCCCUCCCCUUAAGGCUGAGGGCUUUCGCUUUCACUUCCUCCAGCGGGUGCGGGCAGAUCUCCCGGUGCUAGGCGAUCAUGGCGCUGCAGGCGGUGUGCGGAGCCCCCCGAGGACAGUCGGAGGACUGGGCUUCCCCCCUUUGGGGAAGCCGGCAUUGCUCGGACCCAGGACACUACAGUUUCUCUAUGCGAUCUCCGGAGCUCGCCCUCCCCCGGGGAAUGCAGCCCACUGAAUUCUUCCAGUCUCUGGGUGGGAAUGGAGAAAGAAACGUUCAGAUUGAGAUGGCCCAUGGCACUACCACCCUCGCCUUCAAGUUCCAACAUGGAGUGAUUGUGGCUGUGGAUUCUCGGGCUUCCGCUGGGAAUUACAUUGACACCUUAAGGGUGAAAAAGGUGAUUGAGAUUAACCCUUACCUGCUGGGCACCAUGUCUGGCUGUGCAGCGGACUGUCAGUACUGGGAGCGGCUGCUGGCGAAGGAGUGCAGGCUGUAUUAUCUGCGAAAUGGCGAGCGGAUCUCAGUGUCAGCAGCCUCCAAACUGCUCUCCAACAUGAUGUGUCAGUACCGGGGCAUGGGCCUCUCCAUGGGCAGCAUGAUCUGUGGCUGGGACAAGAAGGGUCCUGGACUCUACUACGUGGAUGAAAAUGGGACUCGGUUCUCUGGAAGAAUGUUCUCCACUGGUAGUGGGAACAGCUAUGCCUAUGGGGUCAUGGAUAGUGGCUACCGGCCCAAUCUUAGCCCUGAAGAGGCCUAUGACCUGGGCCGUAGGGCUAUUGUUCAUGCUACCCACCGAGACAGCUAUUCUGGAGGCGUUGUCAAUAUGUACCACAUGAAGGAGGAUGGCUGGGUGAAGGUGGAAAGUACAGAUGUCAGUGACUUGAUGCACCAGUACCGGGAGGCCAGUCAGUAACAGUGGUGGCGGCUGGGCAGGCUCUGGAACCUGAGCCAGCUUAGCCUCCAGGAGAAAGGGAGGCCCAACCUGAGCCCAGAGACAAGGAACCUGCAUCCAGAGGGGUUGGAGCAACGUUUAUCUCACACAUGUUCUCUGUUUCAAAGAGCAUCCCCCCACCUCAACCAUCUGGGUGCCCCCCACUAAGCACAAUAAAGGAAAAACGGUUAUAACAA